UGUAGCAUGGCAGGUCAAGAAGGCUUCUUUUUGGAGGAGAAAAGAUUCAAGCAGUACUGUGAAGACUUUGUUAAACACUCGCAGCAGAUAGGAGAUGGUUGGGAGUGGAGAACUAGCAAGGACCUUGGUGAUGGUUAUCUUACUAAGACACACUUCCAAGUAAGAAAUAGACACAUCCCACCAGAUCUCAAGGAGAAAAACAAUGAUAACACUGAACAAAUGUUAUUUGCACAUAUAGAAGAGCCCGUGGAUGAAUCCCAGGCUGCUGGGGCUUGCAGCACAGAAGAAGUGGUUCGCUAUGAGUACCACGUCCUCUACUCCAGCAGCUACCAAGUGCCUGUGCUGUAUUUCAGAGCAUGCUUUUUGGAUGGAAAGCCUUUAAGUCUGGAUGAAAUAUGGGGAAGUGUUCAUGCAUCCUACCAGGCUCGUCUGCAGGAGGGGCCCUGGGACACUAUUACACAGCAGGAGCACCCCAUCCUCGGGCAGCCUUUCUUUGUCCUGCACCCCUGUCGAACCAAUGAAUUCAUCUCUGCUGUGCUGAGUGGCUCACAGGACCAUCACAGACACACAAAUUACAUCAUACUGUGGCUCAGUACUGUAGGCCCAGUUGUGGGCCUGAAUCUGCCUUUGAGUUAUGCAAAACUGACACCUGCACAGAGCACAGAUGUUGACUUGGCUGAAAGAAUGCAGUUGGUAGCCAUAUACAUAAGAUGUCAUUUGUGUCAGCAUGACCAGGAAAUGUGA